UAUUAUUUGUUGUGAGCUUCCUUCCGUCUCACUGCUGAUGCCGUCUCACUCAGCUCUACUAUUAGUAUUUGUCAAACGAGAUACGCCUUGACUCGUGGAGCGUUUCGUGUUGCUCGUAUAGUUCACGGAGUUCCCGUAUAGAAUCCUGCCCUAUGUCCGCCGUAGCCUAAAUGAUCGACAAGAAGUUGGAGAUCAACAGAUUUGGAGACAACGGGAUUCGAUUAGGACCCUAUUCCACGUGAUAUAAUCCAGAUCCAACGCCCACCAUCCCCUCACCGGGUCGUCUACCGUUGCCGUCUCCACAAAAACCCCCCCCCAACAUGCAACGGUGAGACGCGGUGAAGGCGGCCGCAAUCAAGUCCCACGCCAACCCGCAUCAGGGCCCAAAACCGUCAGACUGCGGGGGGGUUCUCUAGGAUCUUUUUUUGGAGCAACCAGGGGGCUCACGGCGCUACUCGCCGGUGUUUACAUAUCAGGCGGCUGCCCGAUUCGCCAAGAUGCAUCCCUUCCUUCGGUGAUAAGAAGCAUAAGGCCAUGCGUGUCUCCACUCUCCACCUGGAGGGGGAACGAUCCGAGACUGGAUGGGCACGUUGCGUAACUUGCUGCUACCUGUCGCGUACCACAGCGUGGAUCUGAUGUAAGCUUGGAUGCAAGGGAGUAUGGUAGGUCGCUCGGAGGGUGAGAUAUCUCCGCCGGGGGGAUUGGUGCAGAUGGAUGUGUCUCAGUUGGAGUAUAUAGAGCUGCGUGGUCCCGCUGGUGAGGGUUUUUUUUGUCUCAUAAUUAAGUCAAUUCCUCGUUGAUCAAUCUCACCUCGUCGUUUACCAAAAGCCUUGCUUGUUCCUCAUUACCUACCUGUCAUAAACCCCUCACCCUCACCCCUCACCCACCCCUCAAUCCCCAAAAAUGGCCACCAACGGCACCUCCGCCAACGGCAGCGCCAAUGGCACCGCUCACGCCGCAGCAGCCCCAACAGACAUGCGCGCCUACCGUGCCCCGUCCCUGCUCCAGCCUCACCGCGCGCGCGACGCCCUUCGUGACGCCCACGAGGGCAAGAUCCCUCCUCUCCAAGUCUACUUCCUCAUGCUCUCCGCCCCCUCGAUCAUCAAGGUGAUCGCCCAGGUCGGGUACGAUGUGAUCCUGAUCGACCAGGAGCAUUCGCCCAUGGACAUUGGCGAGAUGACGAGAAUGGCGCAUGAUAUCCAGUUGGUUAGCGAGGGAAGGACAAUGGCGUGGAUCAGAAUCUGUGGCCACGACCACGCAAACAUUGGGUACGCACUUGACACUGGAGCUAGCAUCAUGGUCCCGCAGGUCGAGACCGUGGAAGACGCAAAGCACAUUGUCUCCGCCGCCAAGUUCGGAAAGAAGAUCAACGGCACCCGCUCCGCGCCUCCUGGCCGCUGGCUCCCGGGCAUCUCGGACGUAGGCACCAACUCCGAGCUCACCCUCUGGGAGAACCUCAACAACCAGGCCGCCAUCAUCAUCCAAGUUGAGUCCAAGGAGGCCGUCGACAACCUCGACGCCAUCCUCACCGAGUGCGGGGAGCACAUCGAUGCCGUCUGGCUCGGUUCGCUGGACUGUAGAGUUUCCAUGGGCCUUCCGGGCUUCUGGGGCGAGGAGCCGGAGUUCAUGGAGGUCAUUCAGACGAUGAAUAAGACGCUCAGGAAGCAUGAUAUGCCGUAUGCUGGGGCGGCGAUGGGGACGCCAGAGCAGGUGAAGGCGAUGGGAGCCGGGAAGGCGUUUACGGCUGUGCAGGGUGAUGUUUUCUCGUUGCUGGCGUCGGCGGUGGAGAAUUUGACGAUGGCGAGGGAGGUGAUGCCUGCGGUGAAUACGUCGGCGGCGAAUAAGAAGGCGAACGAGUUGGAUGCGAAGUGAGUGCUUGAGAGUAAAAGAAAGUGUAAUGAUCAUGGAAAUAUGAAGGGGGGAUAGUCGUUCUCUGGGUGUGUGUUAGCUAUAGACCGGUGCCCUGGGGGUCGGUAGAUUAUAGAAAUUAGAACGUCAUUCAGCUUCAAAAUAAGUCUUGGGAUCAAAUGUGAUAGUGCUCACUGGUUGCUAUGAGGCAACAUUUCGAACUGCUUACAGGGAACGAAAGCCGAUGGCCCCCAAUGCUUUCUCGUAUUUGUGCAGGGUGCCUGUUCUGUAGGGGCAGCAUCAGAAGCGAGGUCUGGCGGCAUGCUGAGGGAAUUUGAAGAGAUCAUGGAGUGGCAUAGAACCCGUAUUAGUGCAACGGCUGGAAAGAUCGUCUGUCUGGUGUAGAGGUCCCAUUCAACAAAGAGUUUGGGCGCUCAAGGCAUACAUACCGCUGAUUUGCCCGCUGUGGUGUGGUC